AUUCACAGCCGAGAGAGACUAGGACGGACACAUAUAGAAGUUGAGGUUCGGUUACAACCCAACGCAAUGAAGCGCGCUGUGCCGUCGGUAAACGGGUGAUUCUGACGGAACUCCGUAGCAAUUUCACGCGCACGUUACCAGAGCGUCAGUUCCUGUGAUCCGCGUCUUGGGAGUCGGACGGACUGUCGCUCCCCUGGCUUCAUACCACAGAGGCUCAGCUCCUCCUGUCUGGAUAUACUUCUAAAAAAGGUGCUGAAGUAAGCUGAAGGGCGCGAUGGUGGACUACUAUGAUGUUCUGGGAGUGUCACGAAGUGCUUCUCCAGAUGACAUCAAGAAAGCUUACAGAAAACUGGCUCUGCAGUGGCAUCCCGACAAAAACCCAGACAACAAGGAGGAGGCGGAGAAAAAAUUCAAGGAGAUAGCAGAGGCCUACGAAGUUCUUUCAGACAAGAGCAAGCGAGAUGAUUACGACAGAUAUGGUAGAUCAGACAUGCCAAGUUCUGGCUCAGGUAGCUCAGGUUCAUUUCCUGAUGACUUCCCAGGAUUCACCUUCACAUUCCGCAGUCCAGAUGAGGUGUUUCGAGAGUUCUUCGGAGGGCAGGACCCAUUCGCUGACUUUUUCGAUGAUUUCCCAUUUGGUGGAAUGCACAGUGGUUUUCACAGUUCCUCCAGACUUGGGCCCAGUCGCUUCUUCUCCUUUCCCUCAGCAAAUGCUGAUUUCACCUCCUUCUCGUCUUCACUGGGUGGGAUGGGCAGCAUGGGAGGGGCAAACUUUAAGUCUGUUUCUACUUCCACCCGUGUUGUCAAUGGAAAACGUCUCACCACAAAAAAGGUCAGAGAAAAUGGCCAAGAGAGAACAGAGGUUGAGGAGGACGGGGUUCUGAAAAGUGUCCUCAUCAAUGGUGUGGAGGACGAGAUGGCUUUAGCUCUGGAACUGAGUCGCAGAGAACAGUCCAGUGAGCCGCCCAGACAGUCCCAUCAGCCACUGCUCCGCCCCAACAAUCACAGCUCUCCAAACCCAGCUUUACGAUCCUACAGCGCUGCCCCGUUCUACCACUGCCCCAGUGCCAACGAAGACGAGGAAGAUGAAGACCUGCAGAUGGCGCUGGCCUACAGCUUAUCGGAGAUGGAUGCACAGCAGCGGGCAGAGGACAUGAUCUCAGGUGCCGGGGGAGGAAGAGGGAGGAUCUCAGGUGCCGUGGGAGGGAAAGGGGGGAAAUCAGGUGACGGGACGGGAGGUGUUCAAAUAAAUCAAAACAUGAGAGAGGAAACGGAUGAAUCAGAUCAAAACACUCCUUCGUCUCCUGAGGACAGACUAACAGAACAGGGUCUGGCUAAGGGUUCAGAAGCUGUUAUUGUGCAGGACAGGGAGAAUGAUAAAAUGGCAGCCAAUGGGACUAAUGUGGUAAAAAAGCGAAGGAAGUGUCAGUGUGUUGUCUGUUAGGAGGAGUAUGGAGGUUAAUAGUAUUUGUGUGUGCAAUUAGCAGUGCUAACUCUACGUUUUUGCUCUUUUUCACUAUUCUUUCUGUAGUUUUGGAUUGUGCUUUAAGUUCAGUCUCUUGUGCCUUUGUGCAAGGAUGACCGUUCUGAGUUUAUAUAUUUUUUGCCUUGAGAUAUGUGCAACAAGUGCCAAAAUGGGUUUAUUUUCCACAAAGACAGGAUGUUUUAAGGUACUAUGUGCAAUAGUUUAGAGAGACAAGCAUGAAAUAUCCUGCGACCCGACAGAUGUCACUGAAAUUGGUGUCUUGGGAUGUCAUUUGCCAGCCUUGACUCUGCAAACAGUUAAAAAUGGUCCGAUUGCUUUUAGGCCAAUCAGAAACCAUUAUGGCCUGUGAAUCUCCUGGCGUCAGCUUGGCUGACAUGUCUUUGAAGGGUGCCAUUUUGGGAUAUUGGAAAGCAGUGGUAAGGUUAGCAACAUGGCGAAAGUAACAUAAUGGCUCAAAUCGUUUAGAACAUUUUUAAAUCCAUUAAUGAGCAUGACUUAUUACUAGGGCCAGAAGGUAUUUCCGGGCAUUUUUUGCUAUUUCUGCUGAGAAUUUGCUGAAGAUCUGCAGAUUUAUGCGGAGUGAUUUUGGGAGAGUCAUAAUAAACUUAAUAUACUGUAUCAAAUAAAAAAA